AUGCACAGGGAUUUCACUGUGCAUCAGGGUAAAUUUUCCAAAUCUGUACGGCUUUUCCUGAUACAAUCAAACGCAGGUUUUUUUCCCCGGGUAAAAGGUUGGAUCCAGGGGAAUUUUCCCCUGGAAAAAAGUCGGACCCUGGAGGGUCCGACUUUUUGGCGGAGACAAAUUUUUUGCCCGUUAGGGCUUCUCAUCACUCGUUUCUUCGCUCUCGUUCCGGCCUCCAGCCAUCGUCCGCUCGCCGUGCUCUCCACCACCGCCGCUGCUCUGCCUCCAGUCGUCGUCCGCUCGCCAUGCUCUCCACCACAGCCGCUGCUCUGCCUCCAGCCGUUGUGGUAUUUCGAAGAAGUUGAGAUGGAACUGUAUGCACGUGGUUACUUGAGGUUGGAAGCACGAACAAUGUCCAGCCCACAGAAUCAACCGUCUACUUUCAAAGCUAUGCAUCCUAUGUUUGUUGUACAGAAUGGGUUAUAAAUGUGACAAGUUUGUCAUCCUUUUAUAGUUUCAGUUUCAUUUUCCUUGUAGUUCAAGUGGAUCAAUUCUUGUUGCAGCAGGAUGUAGCCUCAAUAAUGCAAAUGUGGUUGUUUGAGAUACAUUAGGAGGCACUAGACUUGCCAAAUAGGCCCACAGCAUUGGCUAGGGUGCAGGACUCGUGUUAAGUUCUGGUAAGAAAAAUGGGACUGACAGACAGAGAGAAUGUCUUCUUGGCACUCAUUGGGGCUGGAGGUAACGUACCAAGUAACUUGUAGAUGAUUUCAGUGGCUUUGAACGAUGUAGCGUUUAUGUUGUACAUUACACAGGG